CCGAUAAUUAUAUAUAUAUUCCAGGAAAAUGACUAUUAUGGAUUAAAUAGUCCGAGAUACUUUUUUUUAGGGAAAAUAACCCGAGAUACUUACACAUGAAUACAUCCACUAGCUAGUACUAAUACGUGCUUAUCCUUUCGUGAAUACACCCUGUGCAAGUCAAGCAAGACGAUGCUGCGCGCCGAGCUGAAAGAGGAAGAGUUCCAAGAAGCAGACAUCCUAUGGCCGGAUGAGUUACCCCGGGCGUAUUUCUCUCGCGUCGGCACCGGCGAUGACGACGACGACGGCAGUGGCGAGCACUCAGACGAGCACCAGCCGCCGUCGGAGCUGCAGGUCUCGCACCAGAAAGCUUCGUCCCCCAUCGACAUCCCCGGCCGGAAGGUCGUCGCCGGCGCCGCCGUUGUCGGUGCAAGAGGCCCCCAAGUACCGGGUCGGUUCAGCAGGUUCGGCGCGAGCCACGCCGGCGUCGGUAGUGCCGGUGGUAGCGUCGUCGUCGGCAGCCAUGUCUUCGUGCCGCCGCACGUCAUCGUCGACCGGAGGGCCAAGAGGGACAAGGCGAUGAUGAUGCUCGUCGUGCCCGGCGGGAGGGCCAGGGCGAGGAAGAUGCGCGAGUAGUGCCGCAAAUUUUGUCGGAAAAUAAUUAAUAAUAAUGCUCUCUCGUUUAAUUUCACUUGUUGGAGGAGCAGUUUUGAGUCCGUAGGUUUUUUGCAUGUGUGAAGAAUUGAAAAAUGACGUGACGUGAGUGAGAGUAUGAGAGCUACCAAGCUCAUGUAAUUUGUUCUUGAGGAUGGUCACGCUUGUUUUGUUCUAAUGGUUUGUCGUGAUGUAAGAAUGGACGC